AACCACAUCUUCAACAUGAACUCAUCAGAGACUGAGUCUCAGUACACAGUGAAAUGUCUCCUGCCUGGCACACGCUUCAAGGCCCAAGUGUUGGUCACUACAUUCCUGAAACACCUGAAUAUGACCUUGAAGCAGAGACUCGGUAUUGCUUUUGAAACAGCUCAGUGUCCCACCGGCUGGUUGGCCAGAGGGAGAAGCUGCUACUCUGUGAGAAGGACGGGUUUGACCUGGAGUGAUGCUCGGCACAGCUGUAGAGGCUUGGCAGCUGGAAGUCACCUGGUUGAUCUGAAGACUGUGGAAGAUCUGCAUUUCAUAUCUUCUCAUUUGCUGAAAAUGAACCUCCUGCUGCUAUGGACUGGACUUAAUGACCAGCAGGAGGAGGGGCAACCACUCUGGUCUGAUGGCUCAGCCUUUAACUUGACGAACACCGUGAUGUCAUUACUGCCAGAGAAUCAGACUGACUGUUUUGCCCUUCAGAAGAAUGCCAGCGGCCCAGGAUACUUUCUCACUCCGUUCUUCUGUAGCAUCCCUUUACCCUUCGUCUGCCAUUUCCAGACUCCUCCUGUCCCUGCAACAUUCUCCUUUGAGCUGAUUCAGGUGACAGAGCAACAAGUGCUGCUUCGUUGGAGUGAACUCUCAACCUUGAACUCUCUUAAUCUUCCUUCUUUUGAGAUAUUCCUCCAGUACCAAGUGGAGGCAGAUGGACAGUCAGGUCAAGAGGAAGGAGAUGGACUCAGGAAGUCGGAGGACAAAAAGCAGACACAAAGCUUGAGUGGUAUAAGAAAAAUGGUCCGGGUAGCCAUAUUCCUCUCCUCCAGAGAGGUCACAGUGACAGGCUUGUCUCCAGGGAGCAUUUACUCCUUCACCCUACAAGCUUCUCUUCCAUCUGGUUCCACCUGGAACUUGGGACAAACCCUAACUGCAUACACUAGACCUCUCCCCCCUCAAAACAUCACUUUUGGCCCCAGUACGGUCAGUCAGAUUAGUGUCUACUGGAUGCUGACAGGCGGACACUUAAGGGUUGGACCGACCUUUGCUGUGCGCUGUGUGGACAUGUCUUCAGGACAAGAGAGACUAGUUGGAAUGACCAAUAUCUCCAGGUUAUCCGACACUCGUGGGCGGCAGGCAUACACCGCUGUGAUUGGAGGGCUGGAAUCUCACAGGAAAUACGGGGUUGAAGUUUACACCGUCACCCAGUAUGGCAUAGAGAGCUGUGGACAAGCGCCUGUGACUGUACAGACUUCGGUGAGGGCCCCUACUGGUCUGGUGGCGUCGAACACAACAGGAGAUCUGACAGUCUGCUGGACCAGUUCACCUGAUGACCCACCCGAUGGUUAUUAUGUCACAUCCCACCCACCCAUUUAUCCGACUCAAACCUCACUGUGGAUAAACCAGUCCAGUCCCGGUGAAAACUGGGCACGUGAGUCAGUGUGUGUUAAUUUGGGCACAUUUACUCCAGGCCAGACGUAUGAAGUAAGUGUUGUCUCUGUGAGGGGAGGGGACAGGAGCAGCAGCACUACAAUCAUACACACCACAGAUCCAAUGGGAGUUCAGGUAGCAGUCCCCCUUUCAGUGGGCACUGACUCUGCACAACUUUACAUCCAGCGCCCACAACUGGGUCUGAUUGAUGGGGUGGAUGUGUGUAUAUGUCCAGGAUUGUGUGACACUCUGUGUGAGGGUCCGAGUGGACUCACAUGUCACUGGUACUCUCUCCCUGCUGGUGUUCAUAUCAUAACCCUGAGCGACCUUAGUCCAGGAUCAGAGCACCAGCUAAAGGUGUACAGCACAAGCCGAGAGCAGAUUGGACCACCCUACUACACCCGCCCCCUUAGAACAAGAUUGGCGGCCCCUAUUAGAGUGAGGGAGGGUGUCGUGACCGACUCGUCCAUAGAGCUGCUCUGGGAUGCAGCACCAGGUCAGGCCCACGGCUACGAAGUCAUCUGCCUAAACUGUAACCACUCACAAAUGGUGCAGAAGGUGUUCAGUGAGAGUGCAACCUUUUCCUGUCUGACUCCAGGGAGAUUCUACCACUUUGCAGUACGAACCGAGAAGGAGUCCUUCUCAGACAGUUCCCCUGUCACCAUCAACAUCACUGCAGCCCCCAGCACAGUGAAGUUGUAUCUUGUGAACAAAACCACAUCAUCCAUACGCGUACGUUGGAGUAUGGUCAGCGGUGUGUCAAGUAAACUCCUCCUGUCAAUCAAAAACAGAACAUUCAGUCAAGAUCUGAUCAUUUAUCAUCGGCAGGGCAGAUCACAUAGCUUUGAAGGCCUCACUCAUGGAAGCCAAUAUACAAUUGAAGUGAUUAACACCAGCGGAGAAAGAAGGAGUCAACCUGCAACUCUGAUCCUUCAUACUGUUCCAGAGGCGCCACAGGAUGUGGCUAUUUCAGAGCAGGUACUAACAUCAGUGUUUGUAACCUGGAGGCCACCACCAGGACAGGUGGAUGGGUACAGGCUUGUUUUUGGCCUGCGCUCUGUGGACAGGAAAUCGUGGAUUGAGGUUCUUGUCCUGGACCCACAUUAUGGGAUCAGGGAUUUGAUCCCGGGGUCAGACUAUUGCGUCAGCAUUCAGAGUGUUCUUGGCUCUGACACAAGUCUGGUAGUCCACCGAGAGUUCAGCACACGCCCGGCAGGAAUAUGCGCUCUUCAUUUAGGCCACAUGAACUCUUCCUCUGUCUCGGUGAGCUGGGACAAUGCGUUCGGAGAGUUUGAGUUUCACAGAGUCACUGUGACCAACACCUCAAGCACAACAACGCACACCGUUCCCAAGGAGGAACGGGUCGCCGUGGUUACGGGACUGGUGGACGGCUGCAGUUACAACGUGAGCGCUGAGAGAGUCAGAGGAGUGUCAGCGGGGAUAGCUGCCUCUCUGACAGUACACAUAGUGCCGGCACGAGUGCGAGGGAUGCGUUUCGUGAAUGUGUCAGCAGGCGCUUUCUCGCUACUUUGGGAGCAGGCGACCGGCUGUGUGGAUCAUUAUGAAGUCAACCUUCUACCAAACCAGGGAAAGGUCACAGUUAACCCUCCGUGUGACGGAUAUAUUCAGGCUGAUGUGGUAAAUGUCACUGCAGGGACACGAUACAGUGUGACGGUCUCAGCAGCCUCCUCCUCCAACAUCAGCCCCGGAGUCAGCCGCAUGAUCAAUACUAAUGAGAGCGUCGCUGGCCCACCUUUAGGCCUAGAAGGAGAGGCAGUGGGAUCCAAUGGGAUUCUGCUCUCCUGGACGAUGCCAUCUGAUGCCAACAAUAUUGACGGUUACAUCAUCAGGUACAAGGAGGUGUGUCCCUACCCAGAUACCACCUUCACACAGGUGACCAAGUACCUGGACGGUCCUGAAACCCUUCUAACUGACUUUACCUCUGGUUCUACAUACCACAUUGAGGUAGCAGCCAUUUCUCCACCUGGAAUAGGAGCCUUCAGCAAAUCUAUAUACAUAAAGACUGCUGAGUCCCCCCCUGGCCUGGUAACAAACUUGACAGCGUUUGCUCAAAACCACACCUCUGUCAUGGUCACCUGGUUCCUGCCGCACCGCAUCAACGGUCUCAUCACAAAGUUUGCUGUCAAAGCUAAACAUGCUCGUACUGGGCAGACGGUCCGCACGCUGGAGGUCAAUGCAGAGGACCUCAUGAUCGGAGCACUGCCCCACUGCAAUGAUGCAGCAGACAUCCUGUCCCGAGCGACUCUCAGUCCCUUGGAGAUCACAGCGUCGUCUUCACUCAUCACCCUCUCCGCCAUACCCCCUGCGGCCUCCUGGAGUGUGCCCAUAUCAGUAGAAGUUGAUCAACUACGACCUUACACUGCCUAUCUAUUUGAGGUGUCUGCCUUCACUUCUGAUGGAGAAGGACAGAUAGCCUCCACCAUGGUCCGCAUGCCAGAAUCAGCCCCAGAAGACCCGCCCCAAAACUUUAUCGUAUUGAAUAUGACGUCGAGAUCGAUCUCUGUGUCCUGGGGGUCUCCCAGCAUUGUCACAGGAAAAUUCACCUACGUGCUGUACCUGUAUGGACCUACAGGAUAUUUGUAUGAGAACAGCACAGCGGAUACGCGGCUCGCUCUGACUGGUUUGACCCCCUACACAAGGUACAGGGUGCUCGUCCGAGCCAAAGCUUCUGGGGAAGUGGGUCCAGCAGCGCAGGAAGAUGUAAUUACACCCCCCGAAGCACCCAGUGCUGUGCAGGACUUGAUGGCUGAAGCUAAAGAUUCCGUUUCAAUCCUUGUGAGUUGGAGAAUGCCUGCCCAACCCAACGGUCCAAUCACCAAAUAUAAAGUGCGGGUUCUCGUUGGUGACAUCUUGCUGCAGGACAUCACCCUCUCUGCAGAUAUGAAUACAACUGGUUUAAAUGAAGAUGAGACCCUUCCCUCUGAUGUCCGUAACAAUCUAGGACGGCGUAAGAGAUCUGCUGAUCUCCGUCUGAUCACAUCCCCCCCGACUUUCACAGCCUCCAUUUCUGACCGCACGCCGACCUCUGGUACUGCUUCCAGUGUCACACACUCUGAACAAAGGAGCGCUGCUUACUUUACUCACACCGCUGCUGAACCAACUGCUGAGUCCAUGCUCACCACAAAGCCCACUACUAGUUAUGUUUCUGCUUCACCGCCGAACAACACAAAUAUUCAGUCUACUGACUCUGCAGUCCCUGGCACCUCUGCAUUCCCCCUUACCUCUGUGCCGCCCGCCACACCUCCACCUUGGCUGACAAAGCAAUCGCGUGCUGGGGAUAUGACCUCAGAUUCUUCCGCCUCGUCCCCGACCCCGGGCCAGCUCCGCUUGUCCACUCAUCACGCAUCAGUUACGGGACACUUUUUAACGCGCAGCGCAGCAGCUUCUGCUACAACAGGUGUAACGGUGAGAGAGGAGGUUAUAGACAUUUUUUCUGAGGAGCUGUCUUACCUGGUGUCGGAUCUGAAUCCCUUCACCGAGUACACGUUCAGGGUGACUGCUUCCACGACCGUGGGACAGGGUCCUGCAACGGACAUCACUGAGAAGACAAGUGAGCAGGUCCCUAGCUCAGUGCUCGAAGUGUCCUAUCAAAACAUCAGCUCCACCUCCAUACUGGUGAACUGGGUUCCACCACUCAACCCCAAUGGGCGGAUCACACAUUAUACUGUCUAUGGCGUCAAACUGCACAGUUAUCAGGCACUCAACUGGUUCACUAACAGUACCAGCAUUGUGAUAACAGAUUUGGACAAGUAUACUGGUUAUAAGCUACGUGUGGCGGCGUCUACAGCCGUGGGAGAGAGCUCUCUGUCUGAGGAAGACGACAUCUUUGUUUUAACAUUAGAGGACGAGCCUGACUCGCCCCCUGUGAACCUCACUGUGGUUGACACCAGCCCCUCCGCCGCCACAUUGGCCUGGUCGGCACCAGAAAAAGCCAAUGGAGUCAUCCAAAAUUACGAGGUCCGGUAUGAGAAUGAGUCCUACUCUGCGUCAAUAAACUCGUCCUCGAAUACGGUCACUCUGAUGAACCUGAGGCCUUUCUCCUACUACAACGUGUCCGUGAAGGCGUACACCCGAUACGGCCACGGCAAUCAGACUUCAGACACUCUAUCCUUGCGGUCCGGAGAGGACGUCCCCGGCAGUCCUCCGUACGGCAUUAUGUACGAGUCGGUCAGUCCCAGUGAAGUGAACGUGACCUGGCGGCCUCCUCUGCUGCCUAACGGGGUCAUUACCCACUAUAGUCUGGAGCUGAGGAAUUCCAGUCACUUUCUGAACCUUACCUCCCCAACCAACUACAUCCACAUCCAGCAUCUGAGGAAGUACGCACACUACCGCGUCAUGGUGCAAGCACACACGCGCGUCGGGCCAGGAAAUUACAGCAGCGAGCCGCUCAACAUCACCACGCUGGAGGAUGCUCCAGAUACACCUCCUCAGUUCCUCCACGCCAGGAAGUUGUCAGACUAUGAGGUAGAGUUGUCAUGGCAACCGCCACUUUCAGCCAAUUCAGACAUACUCUACUACAUUGUCAGAGUUUGGAAUGAGACGACUGAGCUGCAGCAGAAUGUAACACAGACAUCAGUGGUUAUUAAUGUAGACUCAGAGAGUCGCUACAAUGCCUCGGUCUCCAGCUGGAACCGACUGGGAGAUGGAGGAGUGGUGAUUUACAUCAGCUUUACCACCAUCGAUGCAGAACCAUUUGACCCUCCCCAGAAUGUGACAUUUGCAAAUGUGACUGCCUCCUCCGUCACUUUGCUGUGGCACCCUCCGAACGAACCGAAUGGAAUCAUUGUGCACUACACUAUUUAUUACUCAAAUGACUCAAACACUGUGGCUGAGCAGAGAGUCCCUCUUUCAGAAGUCUCUGCGACAGCAUCUCCCGACUCGGCUCUCUCCUACACUCUGAGCCGGCUAAUAGGGGGCACAAACUACACCCUGUGGAUGACCUCCAGUACAGUGCAGGGGGACGGAGGUGUCCGGAGCGAGUCACUUUAUCUGUUCUUACCAGAGGACGUGCCAAGUGACUCAGUCCGAAACCUGACUGCUCAGAUCUUCAGCUCCACGGCUAUCAUCGUCAGCUGGGACCCCCCCAUGGAGCCCAACGGCCGUCCCAGCUACCUGCUCACCUUACAGGAGGCGGGCACGCCCCCAGACAUAUCCAGCCAAGGGUCUCCAGCUGUCAACAAGACCAUCAAGCACACAACAACCGACAAUGUCUUCCUAUUCACAAGACUCAGGAAGUAUUUUCCUUAUGUGUUGACUGUUACCCCAGCAACUGGUGCUGGCGCAGCAUACAACCACACCAGCACAAUGUAUCUGAGGACGGAUGAUGACGUUCCCAGUUCGGCGCCGUUGCUGGUGUCUUCCAGGAAUCUGUCGUCCUCCUCUAUCGCAAUGAUCUGGCAGCGCCCUCUGGAGGCCAAUGGGGAGAUAACAGAGUAUACUCUGACUUUGUUAGGCCCAGGGGGCCCCAUCACAACUCAUACGCCCAACACCUCAUUCAUCCUUACCAACUUACUUCCAUACACAGCUUACAACCUCACUAUAACGGCCACAACGCGUAAAGGCUCAGGGCCUCAUUUGCUGCUGCAGCUGCACACCGAUGAAGGAGGGCCCAUGUCUCCUCCCCGCAACCUUACCAUACAUAACCACACGGCAGUCUCUGUGUGGCUGAGCUGGGAGUCUCCCCUGGAGCCCAAUGGAGUGGUGAUACAGUAUGGCUUCAGGAUCCGAGACCUCAUCACACACUUCGUCACACACAAGAAUUCCUCCGGUACAACAACCACAGAGUAUAUAUCAGGAUUCAGGCCUCAUAGCUCCUAUGAGAUCAGUGUUUACAGCUACACCAGAGUGGGCCAUGGGAAUCAGUUCAGCAGCCCGGUGACCUUCACCACUAACGAGUCAGUGUCUGAUGCUGUGGGGAACCUGACAUGCUCAGGAGUAAGCUGGGAUUCAAUACAGCUGUUUUGGAACCUUCCUGCCAACCCUAAUGGUCAGAUCAUUUUUUAUGAGAUUCUGGUGGAGGUAGAUUCACAGUUCUACACCCACCAGACUGACACACCAGAGUACACAUUGACCAGGCUGUCUCCAGACCACAAGUAUGAGCUCACUGUUGCCGCAGUCAACUCUGCAGGACUCGGAGACGGACUGAAUUGUACCGCUUCCACUCUUCCUGAAUCAGCCCCAGAUGCCCCUCGCUCGCUCACCAUCUCUCAGGUCACAACUAACAAUGUGACACUUCAAUGGACUCCACCGUUUUCCAUUCCGGGCCUCCUGAAAGGGUACCACAUCAUUGUACAGCUGCUUUCAACAGUCUGUGAGCCAAAUGCACUAACUACCGCAAAGCCAGCCCCAGAGGAUGAACUGAGCCCAGACUGCGUGGACUCUAAUGCCACCCUGUCAGUGAAUGCGUCGGACGGCAUUGAAGAGAACAGCAGCAGCAUCACUCUCCACUCCUUGGCUAAGUACAGAUACUACCGCUUCAAAGUGGCUGCUGUGACCAAGGCUGGAGUCGGGGAAUAUACACAAUGGAAAUAUGCACAUACACUGGCUGGAAACCCUGAUGAGCCUCCCCGGGACCUGAAUGUGAUGCCCUCAUCCAACGGCCUUCGCAUUUCAUGGGAUGCUCCGGCUGUUCUCUCUGGACCGACUUCGUAUCUCGUUCGGGUGGAUGGUCUUGGUUUGAACUUCUCAACAGUCAGAGCUCCAGGAGAGUUGACAACUGUUGUUGUGACUAACUUGACUGCUUUCACUCAUUACUUGGUGACUGUCAUCGCGUUCACUGGUCCGUUGGAGAACGCUGCCAGAAAUGGAAAAUCCAUCGGGCCUAUUGAAUUUCGGACAAUGGAGGAGGAGCCCAAAGACCCUCCCAAAAAUGUGUCAGUAUCAGUAAUCCCAGAGGAGGUGAACCGUGUGAAGGUGACUUUUGCCCCUCCAGAAGAGCCCAAUGGACACAUAGUUGCUUACUUUGUGUACAUCUACGAAAAAAACGUACUCGUCCAGAACAUAAGCCUUAAUAUCACAGAAAUAGACAAAAACACAAUGAGUGCUGUCAUAGGAGGCCUAAAGGGAGGACACAACUACAGCAUCCAGAUUUUAGCAAAGAACGGGGCUGGGAGAGGCCCACCCAGCCCACAUAUCCAGAUAACUACAGGAAUCACAGCCCCGGCCAAGCCAACCCUAAGACCUAAGGCAAUGCUAGGCAAUGGAGGGGUUGCCAUGGUAACCCACAGGAGUAUCACCAUCCGCAUGCCUGCCUGUUUCUAUAGGGAUGACAACGGACCAAUCACAAAAAUCCAGGUCAUCGUGGCCGAGUCAGGGGUGAAGGACAUCCAGAACCUGACCAACUGGAAGAAGGCCUUCUUUGAUCGUCCUGCUCCUUACCUGUCCGACACGGGGUUCCCCAACCCGCCAUGUCCAUUGGAGGACGGGUCAGUGCGCACGAUCACACAGAUCAGAGGUGGUCGUGGUGUGUCUGCGGGGGGGCGGCCUGCGGUGAGACUAGAUCCCACUACGGAAGAAAUGUACGUGAUCGGUCGGAACGAUGACUGUAUAAAGGAGAACAACACUGACAUUUACUGCAAUGGGCCUCUGAAGCCAAACACCGUCUAUGUGUUCAAGUUCAGAGCCACAAAUAUCAAGGGUCAAUACACAGACUCACAGUACUCAGAUCAUGUCAAAACUGCAGUGGACGGACUGUUGACCAGAGAAGAGCAGAUCAUUUUGGGUGUUUUGCUCUCCUUCUUUUUGGCUGUGUUGCUCAUCGUCAUCAUCUGUGGCUCGGUCAAAAUCCAUCAGCGCAAGAAAGAGGGCGGGACUUACUCACCCAGAGAGGCAGAGAUCAUAGAGACCAAGUGUAAACUGGAUCAGCUGAUUGCUGUUGCAGAUCUGGAGCUGAAACAGGAAAAGCUCAACCGGUAUUCUUCCUUCUUCUUUAGGCGGAAAGAGAUAUAUGUCAUCCAGCUGCUCAGCUACAGGAAAUCACUCAAGCCCGUCAACAAGAAGUCUUUUCUGCAGCACGUAGAGGAUCUGUGUGCCAAUGACAAUGCCAAGUUCCAGGAGGAGUUUGCUGAGCUUCCAAAACUGCUGCAUGACCUGGCCACCACAGAUGCAGACUUGCCCUGGAACAAAUCAAAGAACCGCUUCCCCAACAUCAAACCUUACAAUAACAACCGAGUGAAGCUGCUGUCUGAACCGGGAUCUGCGGGCUCUGACUACAUCAACGCCAGCUUUGUCUCAGGCUACCUUUGUCCCAAUGAGUUCAUCGCCACCCAGGGUCCCCUGCCGGGCACAGUGGCUGACUUUUGGAGAAUGAUCUGGGAAACGGGAACACACACCAUCGCCAUGCUCACGCAGUGUUAUGAGAAAGGCAGAAUUCGGUGUCACAAGUACUGGCCAGAGGACAAUAAGCCAAUGUCAGUGUUUAGUGACAUUCUCAUCUCAAAAGUGUCAGAGGAAGUCCUUCCUGAUUGGACUGUCAGAACCCUGAAAGUAGAAAAGCACGGGCACUUUAUUUUGGUUCGCCACUUCAACUACACAUCGUGGCCUGAGCAUGGAGUCCCAGAGUCCUGCAGCACUCUCAUUAAGUUUGUGAAAGCUCUCCGAUCCAACAGACACAACAACACCACUAUAGUGGUCCACUGCAGUGCUGGUGUGGGAAGAACAGGUGUGUUUAUCGCGCUGGACCACGUCAUUCAGCACGUCAGAGAUCACGACUUUGUGGAUGUCUAUGGCCUUGUGGCGGAACUCCGCAGUGAGCGGAUGUGUAUGGUACAGAAUCUGGCUCAGUACAUCUUCCUGCACCAAAGUACUCUGGAACUUCUAAACAGCAAAGGCAACAGCCAAUCCAUCUGGUUUGUCAGCUAUUCAGCUCUGGAGAAGAUGGACUCCCUCGAUGCCAUGGAAGGUGAUGUUGAGCUGGAAUGGGAAGAGACCACCAUGUAAAGACUGACUGAGGGGAUACGGUUGCCUGGGGGAGAGUGAGGCCUCUAGGGAAGUAAUCUGUGCUGACUCUGGAGCAGCCGCUUCCACCACACAAGGUCGGAGGGAGGAAGAGGAGGAGGAGGAAGAGGAGGGGAAACAGGAUGCGAACGGCAAUGUUUGAACUGAGCGAUAUGCCAGUCAACUAAGACUUUGUUGCUCCAUUUCAACCCACUUCUCAGUUACGGUCCUCCAUUUAAUGAACUUGUUGUCCACUUGUUUUCAAAUCGAGUAAAAGUCACAAAAGGCAGAUAGUGACAAAGAAUUCCCAAAAUUGUGGGGAGAAAAGAGUAAAGCGUUGAGCUGACUGAUAGCCCUAUCACAUUUGUGAGCCUAUACCUUGCACAAAUUGAUUUCACUGAGCAUUGUAAGUAUUAUAUUGAUAUUACCUAUGUUUUUGUAAGCUAAUUUAUUCAGCCAAAACGGUGUUUUAGUUUCAGUCUCGUUUUAAUUCUGUUGAAGUGUUGGCAGCAUUUCUGUAUUGUUUAUGCUUUCUCAAGAGUGAUUUGCAAAAAUAAAAGUACAUUUUAUUUUC